AUGGCCGCUGAAACCCCCGCGAAGUCCGGUCUGGCCGUUGGCCUCAACAAGGGACACAAAACCACCCGCCGUGUCGUCAAGCCCCGUGUCUCCCGCACCAAGGGCCACCUGAGCAAGCGCACCGCUUUCGUCCGUGAGGUCGUCAAGGAGGUUGCUGGUCUUGCCCCCUACGAGCGCCGAGUUAUUGAGUUGCUCCGCAACUCCAAGGACAAGCGUGCCCGUAAGCUCGCCAAGAAGAGACUCGGUACCUUCGGCCGUGCCAAGGCCAAGGUCGACGAGCUCCAGCGCGUUAUCGCUGAGUCUCGCCGCACUGGUCACUAA